UUGAAGAAGCUGAGAUCAAGCAGAGCAGAGAUUCAGAGAUGAAGAAGCCUCCUCUUCAGUCGCAUCAAGACUCAAAGAGCUCUGAAGACGGCGAGCUCCCUCAAAAGGGUGCAGAUCUGUUUAAAGCAGGAGACGUGGAGCUGGCGGAGGAAUAUACGGCGGACAAUAAACCACAGAAACACACAGAGACUGAGGCGCACCGCAGAGGGUCAAAGGUAACGCUGUAUUUGCACCUGUCUGAUGCUGCUAAGGCUGAGUGGCUGUCGGCUCAGAUGGACAUAAGACGACUGAAAGUUCAAGAGGAAGAACAGAAGCGGGAGGAAAAGGAUGAUGAAGGGGACACUGACAGUCUGAUGGAGUGGUGGAACACAGUGGAGUCUUGGGAUCAAGUACCUCCUGAUGAGGCCAUCAGCACUAAAGAAGAAGAGACCAUAUUGUUUAAAGUGGUCGCUGAUAAGGUCCACCACGGCAUCCGCAUGUAUCUGAAGCUCUUCAUGGAGCGUGCCGAGCUGCUCUACCAGCACGUGCUGAUCUUAUACAGCAUCGCCGACGAACUCAGCAACUUCCACCACAACGCUAAAAUCGCCAACAUCACGGGAGGAACAACCACCGCUGUGGGGGGAGUCGCGGCCAUCGUGGGGCUGGCUCUGAUCCCCGUCACGUUCGGAGCGUCCAUCAUCAUCACGGCCAUCGGAGUGGGCGUGGCUACAGCGGGGGGCAUCACGGCCGCCUCCGCCUCCCUCUCAGACACCAUCAACAACAUGCACGACCGUAAGAAGAUUGAACUAAUCAUCAUGGACUACGAGGCCCAGCUGAUGGAAAUGCAGCACUGUUUGCGAUUCGUCAUAGAAGGUCUUUGUCGAUUGCGCUCUCAUCCGCUGCUGCGACGAAACAACUACUACACCGGUGACUGGGAGGUGCGACGCGCACUCCAGACCAUUAGCUUAGCUAGCGACCCGGUAGAACGAGCGGAAGAACUCAUUCACCACAUGCUGGCCAAGUUAGCCAGUCUGCAGAAAGGAAUAGACAAGUACUUCACCAAAGACUUGAAAGAGGUGAAGAAGGGCUGCAAGAAGGAGGUGACGACCGAAGUGCAGAGUCUGGCCAAACAGCUGCACGAAGGUUUAGCGGAGCUCAGCUCCAUCAGAGAACAGCUGCUCGACGCCAGCGGAAACAUCUAGCAGUCAACUCAGAGUCACUUUUGGUGUCAGAUCUCUGCACUCCCAUUGGUUGUCGCUGCUCAUUUGCAUAAAGUGGAAUGGUGAUUUUCAGCAAGUUCGGACUCUCAUUGAGAUGAAAUGAAGUCAAGCUGCUUUGUUGCUGCAAAUCGCUGUCCGUAUGUGAACGCUUUCGACGACAUCUCUAGAUGAUCCAUUUAAUGAAACAAGAAAUCCAUU